CAGUGCAUGGCGCGUCAUUGAAGAGAGACCAUGAUGGCGGCGGCCGCGGCGGCGGGGGGAGCCCCCGAGGUGAUCGCCCAGCUGGAGAACGCGGCCAAAGUGCUGAUGGCACCACCUUCCAUGGUCAAUAAUGAACAACGUCAGCAUGCUGAACACAUAUUCUUAUCAUUUAGAAAAUCAAAAUCGCCAUUUGCUGUUUGCAAGCAUAUUUUAGAAACUAGUAAAGUGGACUAUGUCCUUUUUCAAGCUGCCACGGCGAUCAUGGAAGCAGUUGUACGAGAAUGGAUUCUGUUGGAAAAAAGUAGCAUCGAGUCCCUACGAACAUUCCUUUUAACAUAUGUCUUACAAAGACCUAACCUCCAGAAGUAUGUGCGGGAGCAGAUAUUGUUAGCCGUAGCGGUAAUAGUGAAACGAGGGUCCUUAGACAAAUCAAUUGAAUGCAAGAGCAUUUUUCAUGAAGUCAGCCAGUUGAUAAGCAGCGGCAACCCCACAGUGCAAACACUGGCCUGCUCCAUUUUAACGGCACUGUUGAGCGAGUUCUCAAGUUCAAGCAAAACCAGCAACAUUGGGCUAAGCAUGGAGUUCCACGGCAACUGCAAGCGGAUAUUUCAGGAGGACGACCUCCGACAGAUAUUCAUGCUCACAGUAGAGGUACUACAGGAAUUCAGUCGGCGUGAAAACCUUAAUGCUCAGAUGUCUUCAGUCUUUCAGCGUUACCUUGCACUAGCCAAUCAGGUCUUAAGCUGGAAUUUUCUCCCUCCAAAUUUAGGCAGACAUUAUAUAGCUAUGUUUGAAUCCUCACAAAAUGUGAUGCUAAAGCCAACAGAGUCCUGGCGUGAGACCCUCCUGGACAGCAGAGUUAUGGAGCUUUUCUUUACGGUGCAUCGAAAAAUUAGAGAAGACACAGAUAUGGCACAAGACUCGCUGCAGUGCUUGGCUCAGCUAGCCUCUCUCCACGGGCCAGUUUUUCCAGACGAAAGUUCUCAAGUCGAUUACUUAGCUCACUUCAUUGAGGGAUUGCUCAACACUAUCAAUGGAAUUGAGAUAGAGGACUCUGAAGCAGUGGGAAUAUCAAGUAUAAUCAGCAACUUGAUCACUGUAUUUCCUCGCAAUAUAUUAACAGCCAUUCCAAAUGAACUUUUUUCUUCGUUCGUUAACUGCCUCACACACCUCACUUGCUCUUUUGGGAGAAGUGCUGCCUUGGAAGAAGUGCUUGACAAAGACGACAUGGUAUACAUGGAGGCAUAUGACAAGCUCUUGGAAUCCUGGCUAACUUUGGUACAAGAUGAUAAACAUUUCCAUAAAGGCUUCUUUACCCAACAUGCUGUUCAGGUCUUUAAUUCUUACAUCCAGUGCCACUUAGCUGCUCCUGAUGGUACAAGGAAUUUGACUGCCAAUGGUGUUGCCUCCAGAGAAGAGGAAGAAAUAAGUGAGCUGCAGGAGGAUGACAGAGAGCAGUUCUGUGACCAGCUGGCCAGCGUAGGCAUGUUAGGAAGAAUUGCUGCCGAACACUGUAUACCUCUUCUUACAAGCUUAUUAGAAGACAGAGUGACGAGGCUUCAUGGCCAGUUGCAAAGGCAUCAGCAGUUAAUUGGCUCAGCCGGGUCAGCCUCUAUUGACAAUAAAGUGCUUGAUGACCUAUAUGAGGACAUUCAUUGGCUCAUCCUAGUCACAGGCUACCUCUUAGCUAAUGAUACUCAGGGAGAGACUCCGCUAAUACCUCCAGAAAUAAUGGAGUAUUCCAUUAAGCAUUCAACUGAGGUUGACAUCAAUACAACGCUUCAAAUUCUUGGAUCUCCAGGAGAAAAGGCCUCUUCCAUUCCAGGGUACAACAGAACCGAUUCUGUUAUUAGGUUACUGUCUUCUAUUCUAAGAGUGUCAGAAGUGGAAUCUCGAGCAAUAAGAGCAGAUUUAACGCACCUCCUGAGCCCGCAAAUGGGAAAAGACAUUGUAUGGUUCCUUAAGCGGUGGGCAAAAACCUAUCUCCUAGUAGAUGAAAAACUGUAUGACCAGAUAAGUCUGCCAUUCAAUACAGCAUUUGGUGCUGACACAGAGGGCGCUCAAUGGAUUGUGGGUUACCUCUUAGAAAAAGUAAUCAGCAACCUUGCCGUGUGGAGUUCUGAGCAGGACCUUGCAAAUGACACCGUGCAGUUGCUAGUAACGUUGGUAGAAAGGAGAGAGAGGGCAAAUUUAGUGAUUCAGUGUGAGAACUGGUGGAACUUAGCAAAGCAGUUUGCCCGGCGGAACCCACCUCUUCACUUUUUGUCUAGCUCUGUGCAACGAACGUUAAUGAAAGCCUUAGUUCUCGGAGGUUUUGCUCACAUGGACACAGAUACCAAACAGCAGUACUGGACGGAGGUCCUUCAACCACUUCAGCAGCGGUUCUUGAAUGUGAUAAACCAAGAAAACUUCCAGCAGAUUUGUCAAGAGGAGGAGGUGAAACAGGAAAUCACUGCCACCUUAGAGGCACUUUGCGGCAUCGCUGAGGCUACGCAGAUAGACAAUGUAGCAAUUCUCUUUAAUUUUCUAAUGGACUUCCUCACCAAUUGCAUUGGACUCAUGGAGGUGUACAAGAAUACACCAGAGACUGUUAACCUCAUUAUAGAAGUUUUUGUUGAAGUUGCACAUAAACAAAUAUGCUAUCUUGGAGAGUCUAAAGCCAUGAAUUUAUACGAAGCUUGUCUGACCCUACUUCAAGUGUAUUCCAAAAAUAAUUUAGGUAGGCAGCGGAUAGAUGUUACAGCAGAAGAGGACCAAUACCAGGAUCUUCUUCUCAUCAUGGAACUCCUUACCAAUUUACUUUCAAAAGAAUUUAUAGAUUUCAGUGAUACAGAUGAAGUAUUUAGGGGACAUGAGCCUGGGCAGGCAACAAGUAGAUCUGUGUCAGCGGCCGACGUUGUCUUAUAUGGGGUGAAUCUAAUUCUGCCUUUAAUGUCCCAAGACUUGCUAAAAUUUCCGUCGCUGUGUAAUCAGUACUACAAACUAAUUACUUUUAUUUGUGAAAUAUUCCCUGAGAAAAUUCCACAGCUUCCAGAAGACUUGUUUAAAAGCCUUAUGUAUUCCCUAGAAUUAGGGAUGACGUCAAUGAGUUCGGACGUUUGCCAGCUCUGCUUGGAAGCUCUGACCCCAUUAGCAGAACAGUGUGCAAAAGCACAGGAGACCGAUUCAUCCCUCUUUUUAGCAACAAGGCACUUUCUUAAGAUGGUUUUUGAUAUGCUGGUACUGCAAAAGCACAAUACAGAAAUGACAGCUGCAGCGGGUGAAGCGUUUUACACGUUAGUAUGUUUGCAUCAGGCAGAAUAUUCUGAAUUAGUUGAAACAUUAUUAACAAGUCAACAAGAUCCUAUAAUUUACCAGCGAUUAGCAGAUGCCUUCAACAAGCUUACUGCAAGCAGCACUCCACCAACUUUGGACCGUAAGCAGAAGAUGGCCUUCCUCAAAAGUUUAGAAGACUUUAUGUCAAAUGUCGGUGGUCUCCUCUGUGUAAAAUAAACACCAGAACUGUAUGCCUAACCUUGACCCUUUCUGCAAAAUGCACUGAAAAAUGCUGAAAGCUGACUUAAUUUUAACGCCUGUUUCUGGGUUUUUUGCAGCCAUCCAAGAUUUUAGAGAGCCUGGAAGUUUUUAUAUAGUGCAGUGGAAUAGGAGGUCUCAACUCUAAAAUCAGCUUCUGCUAAUGUCUGUUAGCCACAGUCUGUCAUACCUUUUUAUGUUGUACAGAAUAAACAGAAAAACUGAAAUCUUCAAAAAAGAGAGAGAGAGAGAGAGAGAGGGAGAGAAAAGAAUUCCACAAGUGUAUACAGAUGUGGGCACAGUCAAAAUAACCAGUGCCUUGUCCCAAAUGGCCUCAAAUAGUGACGAUUCAGAUUCCUAAUUUUGUUGCUGUUACUAUAAACCCUUUUAGUGUGUGAUUUAGACACAUACAGAACUGUAAAACAAUUUUAAGCUUUAUUUUCCCCCCCUCUGAAAACUGUGUGUGUAAUUAAGAGAAGAAGAAGAAGAAGAAGAAGAAGAAGAAGAAGAAGAAGAAGAAGAGGAGAAAACACCAAAUGAUAUUUUUUAACGUGGAUUUAGGGUUUUUGGGGGGGAUUCUUGUUUUUUUGGAGGGGUUUUUGUUUUUGUUUGUUUUUUUACAUCAACCUGGCGUUGCAUGUUUGUGUAAUACAAGUUUCUACAUUAUAUGCUGCUGCCCUAAAGUUCAGAAAGAAGAAAGGUGUAUAUUUUUGUUUCCCCUGAAAUGAACUUUAGGAACUGUAGCCAUCUCAUUGCCUUAAUUUAAAAGAAAUAAUAAUAAUAAUAAAAAUAGCUGAUGUAAGUUAGGUGAGAAAUCUAAGGCAAGUUUGGGUCUUCAGAACUGUUUUAGAAUGUUGGCAUUAAGCUGCCAUUGUACCUGUUUGCAGCCCUCCUCCUGUGUUUGAGAGUAUUAUGUCCGUGUGAGUGUAAAGAGAGAAGUUCAUGUGUAAUUUUACUUUCGAUAUCUAUUGAUUCAUGCCCAGGUUGUACACAACUGCAGUGUAUUUUUAGACUGAACUAGACUGAAUUUGUUGAAGCAAUAAUGUUUCAAAUGGUGUAAAUUAUUAAUUUCUACAAACUAUUUUUUAUGUUGGGGCAUUAGAUUCAUUGGCUAGACUCCGCGAGUGUCAGACUUGUCUAGCCAUAAGCCGUGAACGCUUGAUCUUCAAGAUUCAGAAUACCGAACUGUGGUCUGAUGUCUUGCCACCACUGUCAGAUUCCGCGGUGCUUGUCUUCUGCUGCUCUGAUCCCACUCAUUUAAUGUGUUGGCACUUUAAAAAAAAUAAUAUGUAAGAUUAUCUUUAUGGUUUCAUCCUGCACCCACCAAAUAGGAGGUUGCCAUGGGAACGAAGUGGCAGGAACUCAAGAAUAUGGAAGCAGGGAAUUUUUGAAUAGUUGCAAGCCAAACUAAACCAAUGCUAAUGCAUAUGCUGCUGGUUAAAACAAACUGUUUUGAUGAAGGAAGGGGAUAAUUUGUCUCCAAGGCCUUGUGCUUCAUCCUCUGCAAGAUUCCCCCCCGCCAUUGGAUAUUUCCAAGUAGUAAUUUUUUUACAUUUUAUAUGGGGAUGUAUAAAACACUCGCCUCUGUAUAAGCAUCAUGUUUUCAAUUCUUUGCCACCCUUGAGCUGUUCAUCUCAAAAUUUAAUCACACUACCUGAUGCGUGAGUGUAUACAUGCACACACACGUUGUGGGAUUUUGUAAGGGUCCAAAACAUAACUUCUUUAAUUCCUUCUUGGUAAGCCAUGAACCCAGAAAUCAAGAGAGGGAUUUGUCACUGUUUCUGCAAAACCUUUUCAUAGAAUGAAGACAGGCAGGAGCAAGUUGUUUCCUUGAGUAAGAUAAGUUCUGAAAUACUUACUGAGUAGGGCUCAGUUGAGAUACCGCCACUAAACCAUGGCUUUGCCUUCAAGAACACACCCUGGGCUCAUGCAUUCCCUUCUCCCCUCGCAGGCUCAUGCAUUCCCCUCAUAUCCCAAUGUGCCGUAUUUUGCAGUGAUGGCUGAAUGGUGCAAAUGUUGGUUUCUGUUAGCCAUAAUUUUUAUCCAAACUAAAAACCACUCGUUUGAGGACCAUGGUUUGGCUGUGACAUCUGAACUGAGCCCAAGUCUCUUCCUUCUCGGUUAAUAUUGUUUCACCUGUUUUUCUAACCUAAGGUUAGUGUUGUUUUGUAGAAUGAGGAAAUUUCUUUGGUGCCUGUUUGUUUGAAAAUUUAGUUCCUGUGGCUCCACCAAAGCCAUUUUCACUCUAAUUAUGACAGAUUCUGAGUGUGUCCUUUUAAAUGAUUUGAUAAUUCGGGAGUUUCUAAAACAACAGCUUUCAAAACAUGACCGGUUGUGUUGAAGGCCGUUAACGGUUAGCAAAAUAGGCAAAUGUCUAGCCUAGGUUUCACAGAUGGCAACUGCAUAGCAAAUUGGGGUGUAACUCAAUUGCAUUUUUCAGUUAUUGUGUAUAACUGCUCUAGUUUAUAUAACUAGUGAUUAAAAUUGGUGCCAUGUGAACCUCUAAUUUCUGGAAAUAGAGAUAAGAGGGUUAUCUCUAGAAGCUUUGAGAAUAAGCGGGUCUGCAAGAUUCCUUUUAAAGUGUAAAAAACUUGCAAGGCAAUAGUGAAACUUGCCCAAGAAUUCUACCUUUCCAGCUGGCUUGGGGAAAGAUCUACCAAACACUGCUGCUUUGCAGCCUCCAUUUUUUUCCAGGGCAUAUGCUACAGGCUUCUGUAGAUGCCAGUGCAAAAUGAAUGGAACUUGUGAACAACAAUGCUUGGCAGACUGGUUCUAAAAUUAAGAGUUGUCAUGGAUUAUUUGUAAUCUUAAACUUUUCUUCCUCAUUUUAAAUGUAUGUUAUAUUAAAGGGACACUGUCCAGUACAUUUUUACCUGAAAUUUUUGUAACUGUUAGUAAUAUCUAAGAAGGCUGACUAUCUUUUCUGUUUUUUGUAUUUUUUAAAAGUAUAAAUGACAUUCAGUCUUGUCUUUCCCCAUCCAACAUGUUUCCAGAUGUCACAAUAUGUAUCUCCAGCUUCUGAAUGUUAGCAUUUUACUGAUUUCAGAGAUUUAUAGUAGCUCUGGAAACCUGACUUGGUGCCUAUGCACCUUCACCACACUGGAGAGCUCUUUUAUUACUUGACUAUGUCCAUGUCUUUAAAAGAAAGCAAUCUUUAAUGAGAUAAUAUGUACUUCUAUUAGUGGGGGCACAAACAAAGCUCAUGGAAGUCAAUAAAAAAUAAUAAUGCA